AUGGAACCCCCCCUAGAUCGUCUCAACGACGAUGUUCUGCUCAUCAUCCUAUCCUAUCUCGAGAAGCGAGAUCUCUGCGCUUUGUCGCUCACCUGCAAACACUCCCACACGAUUUCCUCUCAAAGACUCUGGACAGCCGUCUCGAUAACAAACAGUCUCUUCAUCUCCUGUCCGUGGCAUGAGAAUAUCUACACCAAUGCUCAUCAUGUCCGUGAGAUGGCGGUCCAUGUCCACGACAAGGCACCUCAGGUCUCCGACAUCUUGUUCGCAACCAAGAACAUCCGUUCCCUCAAAAUACCCUAUCUGUAUCGCCUCUAUGACGACCCGCGUCUUUCUAUGGCUCUCGCCGAACUGCGCGAGCUCCGGACACUCUCUUGCAAGUGGAUCGAGGACAAAAUGCUGCCGACGAUCCAAAACAUCCCAUCUCCCGAUCUCACAACCCUCUGUCUAGGAUAUAAAGGAAAAACAGACCUCCCCUCCCUCCUCCCCGUUAUCGCAUCCUUCCCUCGCCUGUAUACUCUCAUUCUAGAGUUCCUUAAGCCUACCAGCGCGGUCGAUAUCACCAGCUACCCGCCAUUCACCUCCAUCCAGCAGCUCACCCUCGACAAAGUCACUGAACCUGCGACGGACAUCAUCUAUCUCUGUCCCAACGUCACCUCUCUGGACCUUGGUGUCGACUAUCCUCGCCAAGGGGACCCUCACGAAUCCCGACCGAAAUGGCGCCCCUCGCCGAUCCCUCGACUCUCCCUCACGGUUCUGCACAUUAAGACCAGAGACCCCAUUGUCUCGUUGCUGGAACGACGAGCCUUGCGCGCGACACACGUUCGAUUCGCCAUGUUAUGGCUGUUCACGGACGACUGUAUCUCGCUCGAGAGCGGCGAAGCCACGUCCCGACUCAGGCGCGUCCUCGACGUGCUCAUGCCGCACUCCCUCCACCUCGAAAUAUCAGCGAUGUGGGGCUACAAGCGAUCUGACCCCACUGGAAACCUCUGGCAAGAGGUCGCCGCAACCGCGCCGCACCUGCGUGCGCUCGUGCUCUAUGUAGACUCCCUCGACGAUGGCAAUACGAAGGACGAGCAGUGGCCGCGGACAUGGGCGCCCUCGGACACGCUCGUGGCGGAGCUCGCGUGGCUCCCGCUCGUCUGCGUCCAUCUCGAGGUGGAUCCAGAAUCGUCCUACCGGAAACCAGGGGAGGCGGGGCGCCAACGCCUCCGCGCGCUCGCCGCGUUUCCCGGGAAGCUCGCCGCGGCCAUCCCCACACUGCGCGUCUGGUGGCGCGUCGAGCGUGGCGACGGCGACGCGUCGCGGUCGCUGGUCGAGCUCUGGCGCGAGGAUGGGGAGCGGGCACUGGAGCUCGUGCAGAACGAGGCGUUUCGUAUGUCCGAUCUUGACGACAUCUACUCGGAGAAGUGCCGUUACGUGAGCGGGUGA